CAGACGCGGGCAGUGCACCUGUGUCUGACCAUACGAUGCUUUCUGUCGCUUUUAGCUAACAUUUUGAGUAAAAGUGGGUGACUUCGCUGCUCUGGGGUCUGUCGCGGUGGCUCCAACAUGGCGGGGCCACUGCUGGAGUUUGAGACCGAGAUGUUCCUCAGUCUGUUCGGCUGUGACGGGCUGCUGGUGACGGCGGAGGGGAUGGGGAUAGACCGCAUCCUGCUGCAGUUCAUGCGGGUGUACUCGGAGCAGGACAGCCUGGUGCUUCUGCUCAACACAACCACACCUGAACAGGAGUAUUUCACAGAGCAGUUGCGAGUGGAGGGUGUGACCCACCUGCCCAGGACUGUGACCAGCGACAUCCAGAGCACUGAGCGCUACAAUGUGUACACCGAGGGAGGAGUGCUGUUUGUCACCAGCAGGAUCCUGGUGGUCGACUUCCUCACAGACCGCAUCCCUGCUCAUCUCAUAUCAGGCAUCCUGGUGUACCGCGCUCAUAAAAUAAUUGAGUCAUGUCAGGAAGCAUUCAUCCUUCGUCUGUUCCGACAGAAGAACAAGACGGGUUUCAUCAAAGCCUUUACUGACAAGGCCACGGCCUUUGCCUCGGGCUUCUGUCAAGUGGAGCGCGUGAUGAGGAACCUAUUUGUCAAAAAGCUCUACCUCUGGCCCAGGUUCCAAGCAUCUGUGAACACAGCACUUGACAGACAUAAGCCGGAGGUGGUGGAGCUCCAUGUGUCAUUGACGCCAGCUAUGAGGGCCAUCCAGAGCUCCAUCCUGGACAUCAUGAGCGCCUGUCUGAAGGAGCUGAAACGCUACAACCCUAGCCUGGAGGCUGAGGAUCUCUCUCUGGAGAACACACUGGGCAGUGCCUUUGAAAAGGUCAUCCAUCACUACCUGGACCCCUCUUGGCACCAGCUGGGCGCAAAGACGAAGGCGCUGGUUCGGGACAUGAAGGUGCUGAGGGUUCUCCUGCUCUACCUCACCCAGUAUGACUGCGUCACCUUCCUCAAUCUGCUGGAGUCGCUACGCACCAGCCAGAAGAGCUUUGGCUCCAAUGCAGGGUGGCUGUUCCUGGACUCCAGUACCUCCAUGUUUGUGAACGCCAGGAGCAGAGUGUACCGCAUAGCUGAGAAGAAGAAGAAAUUCAAAGUGGGAGAAGAAGCGGAGAAACCAAAGCCGUCCUCUGCCUCAGAGGUGAAGCGGGAGCUGGUGCUGGAGAAGAGCCCCAAGUGGGCGGCUCUGACUGAGGUACUGCAGGAGAUUGAGAGGGAGAACAAGAGCUCUCAACAUGAACCAGGUCAUGUGCUGAUCUGUGCUAGUGAUGACAGGACCUGCGCCCAGCUGCAGCAAUACAUCCGGCACGGGUCAGAAUGGUUGCUGAACCGACUUUACGCCCGCACCAUCGCUAAACGAGACACCGCCGCUGCAGCCGCCUUCGACCUUGACGCUCAAAAAAAGGGCAAAGGCUGGCCCAAAAAAGGAACCAAGGGAAAGGAGCCCGCGCAGAAAAAGAAGCCCACGAAAAGUAAAAGCAGGCCGUCUCUGACCCUUACCCAGAUGAUGGGGAAUGAAGAGGCAAAUGGGUCAGCAGCAGCAGCGAUGGGCAGCAGCGGAGACGAGGAAGAGCUGACGGAGGAAGACGAAGGGGAGGAAGAACAACUGAAGCUUGAUUUGUCAUCCGACGCUUACUACGGCGUCCUGAAGGAGCCGCUGACUGUCAUUCACCCACUGAAGGGCUGCACUGACCCCCACAGCUUGACCCGGGUGCUAUAUGAAGUGGACCCCAGUUUUGUGGUGCUGUACGACGCCGAGGUCAGUUUCGUGCGCCAGCUGGAGAUCUACAAAGCUACCCGGCCUGGAAAGCCACUUAGGGUAUAUUUCCUCAUCUACGGAGGCUCGACAGAGGAACAGAAGUACCUGACAGCGCUGUCUAAGGAGAAGAAAGCCUUUGAACACCUAAUCAGGGAAAAAGCCACUAUGGUCAUCCCAGAGGAGAGGGAGGGGCGAGAAGAUACCAACCUGGACCUCGCUAGAAAUUUAGAGCCUGCCAACGCCACCACCAACACCCGCAAAGCAGGAGGUCAGGAGCAGCCCAAAGAGCCCUCACGAGUCAUUGUGGACAUGCGCGAGUUCCGUAGCGAACUGCCCUCCCUGCUCCACCGCCGCGGGCUGGACAUCGAGCCCGUCACCUUAGAAGUAGGCGACUACAUCCUGACCCCGGAAACGUGCGUGGAGCGCAAGAGCGUCAGCGAUCUGAUCGGCUCGCUGCAGAGCGGCCGCCUCUACAACCAGUGCCUCUCCAUGACCCGCUACUACAAAAGGCCGGUGCUGCUCAUCGAGUUUGACCCCGCCAAACCAUUUUCCUUAACAGCCCGGACAGAUUUCCGUCACGAAAUAUCAUCUAAUGACAUUUCUUCAAAACUCACCUUACUCACUCUGCAUUUCCCACGCCUCCGCAUACUCUGGUGCCCCUCCCCACACGCCACAGCCGAGCUCUUCCUGGAACUGAAGAAAGGUCGCUUCGAACCAGAUGCCGCGUCGGCGCAGGCAGUCACAGCUGAGUCAGACAUGGUUGCUGAAUCAGCAGACCUCUACAAUCCUGGACCGUAUGACUUCCUGUUGAAAAUGCCCGGAGUCAAUACAAAAAACUAUAGAGCUCUUAUUAAAAACGCUGACAGCUUGGCAGAUCUAGUCAAAUUCAGCCAGGACAAGCUAGCAGAGCUACUCGGGAAUGCUAACAAUGCUAAGUUGCUUUAUGAGUUCCUGCAUAAUGUCGCAGAUGUUCAAGCUCCGGUGCAAAAGAGCAAACAGACAUCACAGGGAGUAAAACAAUGAGUACCACACCCACCUUCCUGUUCUCUUGAAUGAGUGUGUCCAAACAUUUGACUGGUGCUGUAACUGUAGAAAUAUGUUUUUGCCAAACAUCAGGUGUUUUUUA